AUGGCCGAUCGCGAGGAAUGGAAGCGACAAGAAAGACAAUUCAUCGACCGUUUCUUUCAGGAGAAAGUGCCCGAGGCUUUGGGGAAUGAAGCUGCGUCUCUUUGCACGGAAGAUACUUGUAUCCGAUAUGCACAAGCCCUUUUCAAUACCGACGAUAUCGCCGCUGUCAACAACCAGGGCUCUAACAGCUUUACCCUCCAAACCCCAAGUACAAUCAUUCAAUUUCGCCUCACUCCACUGAAAACCGACAUUCUUGCGCUGGCCAACGAGAUCUACGGUGACCUGGUGCCCAAAGUCAACCUCCAUGACGGGUUUCUAUUGCCAGUCUACAGCUCGAAGGUGAUAUCUGGCCAGAUACACUUGUUUCAGCCAUUUCCUGAGGAAUUUCCCUUGGAACGGGAGAAAACGACCGUCACUGAGCUCGGCUUGUUUAUUGCGAAAGCAGCCUUUUUCGAACAGCCCAAAGCCUGUGUGAAAAGCGACAGUUGGACGAGUACCGCUCCAGAACUGUUAUAUCGUCUAGUCCAAAACAAUUCCCUAAAAAUCUAUGCUCCAGAACUCUUCGACGUUGUUCGCCGCCUACAACAUAAGGUCUAUCUAUUAGAAAGCCUGCCCAGAGUUUUGACCCACCAUGACUUUUCACAAGUGAAUAUCCUUGUGAACGAUACUGGGAAUAUCACUGGUGUGAUCGACUUCGACGAAGCGGGGAUUGAGGCGUUUGGAAUGUGCAUUUGGGGAUUAUACGAAUGUUUCUUUGGGAGUAUGGAGGCUGGCAAAUGGUCAUUCUACCACGAAAUGCCGGUGCUUGCGAACGCUUUCUGGGGAUCCCUCUGGGCCAACACUCCCCCAAGCCUAAAACGAGAAGAGGCCCAGACGGCAAUCAAAGUCUCUUUAGGUAUUGGGGUUCUUAACCGAUAUUUCAUUCACGGUAUGGUGGACAAGAUCGACCUAUCGAAGAAAGUCCAUCGCCUGUCCCUCGAGUAUGCAAGGGGGAUUUUGCCUCGAAUUUGGGAAUGA